ACUGCGCUUAUAGGACUGAGUAGCGGCAGAAGCAGCUCCCCUCCGCUUGUAUUUCAGCACCAUCUGCAAGUCAAUGGUGCGAUCAACACAGCGCCCUGUGAAGGGCGCCUAAUUGUGAUUGUGACCACAAAACCUGCCUAAAACGUUUCCCCCCUUCAUUCACCAAAUGUGAAGACGAAAGAUUAGAUAACGGUGAAAAAAAAUCUUCCUGACUGCAACAAAAGCGAUGCGCUUAAGGACUGAUUCCCCGCACCAGUGGAGCUAUCCUUUCAGCACCGAUUUAAAGAGAAGGUUAUGCAGAUCGGAGGAAUCGUUGUGAAGACACCCUAGAUCAAGAUCGCCUUAUUUGGAUACAGUCAGCUGCUUCAGAAAAAAAGAACGUAACAAAAUGCUGCAUUGUUGUUUGUUGGCAAACAUAUGUAUAUACUGUUGGGCUAUAAUACUAGUAAAAGGCAUCCUUGGUGCCAUCACAAUAGAUAUCGAAGCGAUGGAUGCCAUAGCUGUGAAAAAAUACAUAUUGCUGAAUAGCACCAUCUAGCCUACGCAGCACAGCUUAUGAGGAACAGAGAACAAGGACAAAAUAACGACAAUGUUGUAUUCUACUAUGCAGCGUUUGUGGAUCAUUUGAAGUGUCGAGGCAGAAAUGGCUAGGUCCUGACUUGUCUUCAGAAAAAGGGACUCUCCAGUCCAGACUCUCCGAAAAUUUAGUUUCACUUCGUGCUCCGUAGGACAGCCACGGCAUUCUUGAUGUAUCAACAUAUAUCUGAUCUACAGUAUUUGUUUUUUAUGAGUAAACCACCUCCACGACAUGCCUAAUAGAGGAGAUGGGUCAGGGCGACGACAGCGAUCGCAUCGUUAUAAACGUGGGAGGGACUAGGCAUCAGACAUACCGAAGUACCCUGCGCACCUUGCCGGGGACCCGUUUGGCGUGGCUCGCGGAGCCCGAUGCCCACAGUCAUUUUGACUAUGACCCUAGAGCAGAUGAGUUUUUCUUUGAUAGACAUCCGGGUGUCUUUGCCCACAUUCUGAAUUACUACCGGACAGGUAAACUGCAUUGCCCAGCUGAUGUCUGUGGACCCCUCUAUGAGGAGGAACUGGCGUUUUGGGGUAUUGAUGAGACAGAUGUGGAACCCUGCUGUUGGAUGACCUAUAGACAGCAUCGUGAUGCAGAAGAAGCACUGGACAGCUUUGGUGGCGGUCCUCCGGAUAACUCGUUGGAAGACGUUGAUGUGGAUGGAACAGGAGACUCUGGAGAUGGUGAAGAUGAGUUGGAGAUGACUAAACGUUUAGCACUAGGUGACUCGCCAGACGUUAAACCGUCUGGGUUUUGGAGGAGAUGGCAGCCUCGAGUUUGGGCACUCUUUGAAGAUCCCUAUUCCUCCAAAUAUGCAAGGUAUGUGGCAUUUGCUUCACUCUUCUUCAUCCUGGUCUCAAUCACUACCUUCUGCCUCGAGACACAUGAACGAUUCAACCCCAUAGUAAUCAAAACUGAAAAUGAAACAGUUGGAAAUGAGACACAUGUAAAGAUUUAUGCAGAACCUGAGACUGAGAUCGUUUUGACCUACAUUGAAGGUGUCUGCGUUGUGUGGUUUACAUUUGAAUUCUUGAUGAGGAUUACAUUUUGCCCCAACAAAGUGGAAUUCGUCAAAAGUUCUUUAAACAUCAUAGACUUUGUGGCAAUUCUACCUUUCUAUCUUGAAGUUGGACUGAGUGGCCUGUCUUCCAAAGCUGCAAAGGAUGUAUUGGGCUUCCUCAGAGUAGUCCGAUUUGUUAGAAUUCUACGCAUCUUCAAGCUGACCCGACAUUUUGUAGGCCUGCGAGUUCUAGGACACACACUGCGUGCCAGCACAAAUGAAUUUUUACUUCUCAUCAUUUUCUUGGCAUUGGGUGUCUUAAUUUUUGCCACAAUGAUCUACUAUGCUGAGAGAAUAGGUGCUAACCCCACAGACCCUAGUGCGAGUAAACACACUCACUUCAAAAAUAUACCCAUUGGAUUUUGGUGGGCUGUUGUCACCAUGACCACCCUAGGCUAUGGCGAUAUGUUUCCACAGACUUGGUCAGGGAUGUUGGUGGGAGCACUGUGUGCUCUUGCAGGUGUGCUAACCAUUGCCAUGCCUGUACCUGUUAUUGUGAACAAUUUUGGAAUGUAUUACUCCUUAGCUAUGGCUAAGCAGAAACUACCAAAGAAAAAAAAGAAGCAUAUCCCAAGGCCACCCCAGCUGGGAUCCCCCAAUUAUUGUAAAUCUGAUGUAAAUUCACCACAUCACAGUACCCAGAGUGACACAUGCCCGCUUGCUCCAGAAGAAAUAUUAGAAAUUAACAGAGAAGCUUCGAAACUGAAUGGUGAGAUGGCCAAGGCGGCGCUGGCAAAUGAAGACUGCCCCCACAUAGACCAGGCUAUCUCGCCUGAUGAGGGCCUGUCCUUUAUACGGUCUAGCACCCAGGAAAGAGAUGGACCCUGCUUCCUCUUAUCAACCAGGGACUACUCAUGCCCGCCUGAUGGGGGAAUAAGAAGGGAUCUUUGCAAAGAAAGCCCUGUCAUUGCUAAAUAUAUGCAAACAGAGGCAGUCAGAGUGGCUUGACAAAGGGAGAUGGAGACGAACUUGGUGGCUAUUAAAUGGUGUUGAGCAGUGCAAAGAAGAUCAACCGUUCUCCUUUGGACACAGUAAACUGGCUCCAUGCAAAAUCCUUCAAAAGUUCAGAGGUGUUUUAUGAGUCAUACUAGAACAGAGGCUAUUUCUAUGGUCAAAAUGUAACAAAACUGUAGAAGACACUUCUAUUUGUUCGUUAGCAUGAUUUGCAUGAUGUAUACAAAUCUGUAAUUGUAUUAACUCAAAAAGCAAAAAGUUAUAUAUUUUCUUCCAAAGCUUUUUACUUUUACAUACAUUUGUUGUAGCCAAAUGUAAAACAUUAUAAAGCUGAACAUUCCUUGCCUUGUUAUGGAUUGCUUCUUUUUUGUACACAGCAUACAAGGUAAUGGUUUCAAAAAAAGUGCAAUCAAGCAGUCAUCCGUCAUAUUGACCAUAUCUUCAUAGUUCAUCUGCCAUGAUAUUUAAGUCACACAUAUAUCCACCUACAUUUGUGUAAAUUAAACAACAUAUUUUGUUUUGAUUUAUUUUCAAUGGCAUGCUUGUAAUAUUUAGGGCCUUAUUGGACCUAAUAGAACCAGCUGGCCUAAACUAUUUCCUGCUCUCAUUUUUCUUGCAACUUAAUGGUGUUCGAGCCUGACUGAAGAAUUUCCAUAAGAACUUGUUACUUACUUAGUAUGGACAUAAAACAGUGUUUUCUUUAAAACUGGGACUUGUAGUGCAAAACUGAGAGAAGACUUGACUAUGUGUCUCUCUUUAAAAGUUCAAUCAAGAAUACAGCACUGUAUGCAAUUUAGUACUUCUGAAUAAAAUGCAUGCAAAAUGUUAUGCAAAAACAAUUCUAGCAUGAAAUAAAUUUUCUAUUAAACCCA